GAUCGGGCGGAAGUGGACAGUGUGUGUAACAUGUGGAAGUUUGUGGUUGAAGGUUAAAGUGUGUACUUCAUUUUUACCCAAGUUUACGUGAUUUUAAGAAAAAGUGAAGGAUAUAGUGCAAAUUGAUGUUAUUGUGCGUUGUAGUAAUUGGAGUUUAAGGAACCAGUGUCAGUUAUAAAACAGUAGAGACCUGUAACAGUCGAAAUGAGAGGGAAUCAUUAACUUUCCCGCUAUUCCACCAACAUGGCAGGUUAAUGAAGAUUAUGGAGCCUAACUUGAAGUGAAGUUCGGAUGGCGGACCUACAGCCUCGUCCACUCGUCUCCUCAGAACACGCAGUGCAGGAGGGCGUCGCUAAGUGAACUUGCUCCCUGAGAGUCACAGAAGAAAUGAAACAAGCAUUAAAGUGAUUUCAUAUGGAGAACAGCAUAUCCGAGACUACGAGAUGGAAAUAAAUUGUUGCUUUCCACUGGAACUUUGAUAAGUGCCAAGACUUUUUUGCAACAAUUGUAUGGACAAGAGCGAAAUAAGGAAACUGAAUCAUCAUGAACGGAUGUGACGUUUGUGUUAAUUAGAGUGAAAUUGAUCUGAGUGCAAGUGUUCUGAUACAUAAUAAAGAGUAAUGUUAACUCGCAGGCAGAGUAAUUCGUACAUUCUUGAUUUCUGCAUCGUCAUACGUUGUUCAUACUGAUUUAAAGACACAAACGGAAUCGUCAAGUGUAGUCAAACAGUGUCUUAGUGUGAUAAUGUUUACUUUCGCUAAUAUACGCUAUCUUGUGGUGAUGAAUCAGUGAGGUUGCAUUGUCAUUAAAUCUUUGACGCACGAACAGAGAGUCGGAAUCUUCUGCAGUCUAGCUGCAAUUGUCAGUGCAACUACAGUGAACAAUUACUGCUAUUCCUGAUAUGAAUAUAUUCCGCUGGUUUCUUUUGGAUGUCAGAAGAUGUGAAUAACGUUAUAUAGUUAUUUAUAUUUAGCUUGCGAAGUAAGAAGGCCAACUAAAUAACAUAUAAAAGAUCAGUUCGUACCUCACAGAAAACAUGCUGCGUAUAAAUUGUCGAAGACAGCUCGGUUAAUGCUGUUUAGAGAAGUAACCGCUGUUGGUUGUGAGAAUGAGACAGAACGCAUAAAUAGGGUUCUUGAGUAUUAAAGCGGAUGGAACCUAUAAUAACCAAUUUGCUUAAUGAACAACGUGAAAGUAAAUUUCCAAUAUUGUUGUGUGGCUUACGUAAUUAAAAAUCGUAAUGAUGGAAAGUUUUAAUUUGGCGGAUUACGUGUAUCAAGUUCAAAUUUAAUUGGCUCUAAGUACAAGAACAUUGCGCAGAGAAAAUAACAUGAACAUAAUUGUAUUAUGGAAGAAAUUAGAUGAAAUUCUGAUUCGGAUAUUAAUUUUAAUAUUUGGUAUAUGUUCUGGACGUUUUUAAGUUAAAUUGAAAUAUUUCUUUUUUCGAACAAAUAUGAAUUACGUUACGAAGCGAGAUUAUUUAAUUUAUUUAUUUGUGAUAUAUUUUAUUAAUCAUAUAUGUUUGUUCCAAAAUUAUAUUAUUCAGAAAUUGUUAUUUAAUUAUGUCUAUUAUCUAUGAAAAUAGAGAAAUAGAGUUCGAUAUUAAUGACAUGUAAUUAAUUGACUAUAAUACUGCGAUGGACGCAGAACCAUAACAAUACAUAAUCACAAUACAUAAGUUAUGGACACUAAUGACGUGUGACACUGGUGAUAGCUGAUGAUGUUCCGAAGUUUCAAGAAUAAGUGUGUCCUGUGUUGCGUGACAUGAUGCAGAUGGAAGAAUGUUGUCGUGCGGCCAUUACGUUGAACCCCACAGCCACUGUAUCGGGGAACAGUGGAACAUCAACCGAAUGGGACGUCGAGAUGGAUAUUCGAGAACAUAUUCAACAGUGUUCCUGUACUUGCAACCAUAUGGGUUAUGGAAACUUCAUGGACUAUCAGACUUCGUGCCUGUCAGAGCUACCGGACGUGGCUCCCCCUUUGGGGCUCCUGAGGGGCCAAAACGGGUCAGUGCGCUGUAACGGACGCGCAGUUCAGUGUCAGGCGCUGCAAACAGCGGCGGAUUCUGGAAGCAGCUGCAGCAGUAAGGGCGACAGUUCCGGUGAAGGCAAAGGUGCGAUGGAGGUGCGACUGAAACCGUGGUGUGUUGGUGUGCUGGUGUGUUUGUUCUUCUCUGCUCUCGGUGUGGGUUUAGGCGUGCCUCUAGCGUUGAGUGCUGCGGGCCCAUCUACACAUCAGGAGCGCUUGGAAGCGGUGAGGCGCAUACUUAGGGACGUCCCCCUCAUUGACGGGCACAAUGACUUGCCCUGGAACGUCAGGAAAUUCAUGCACAAUCAGAUCCUCAGUUUCAACUUCACGGCUGACCUAGAGAAGGUUCACCCCUGGGCGAAGAGCAACUGGUCACACACAGAUCUACCGAGGCUGCGGAGAGGCAUGGUUGGGGCACAGUUCUGGUCGGCUUAUGUUCCCUGCGAUGCCCAGUACCUUGACGCCGUACAACUUACUCUAGAGCAGAUUGACCUUAUCAAGAGGCUAGCUGACCUCAACCCCGAACAUUUAACACUCGUCACGUCUGUCAAAGGUGUACAGGAGACGCACCGUGCUGGCAGAAUAGCCAGUUUAAUCGGAGUUGAAGGUGGCCAUUCACUAGGGAACUCACUGGCGGUGCUUAGAACUUUCUACAGCCUUGGAGCUCGUUACAUGACAGUCACUCACACCUGCAAUACAGCCUGGGCAGACUGUUCGCUGACCCAACUCCAGAGCGAGUCCUCGUCCCCAACAGCACAGCCGACGGACCGCAGCAGUGAAGGCGGGCUCACAGAGUUCGGGAAGCUUGUGGUCCGCGAGAUGAACCGGCUAGGCAUGAUGGUGGACCUGUCACACGCCUCAGUCCACACCAUGAAGGACGCUCUGGCCGCUAGCAAGGCCCCCGUUAUGUUCUCACACUCCUCGGCCUUCGCUCUGUGCAACUCCUCCCGAAACGUCCCCGAUGACGUCCUCAAAUCAUUAGCCUUAAAUGGGGGAAUUGUCAUGGUUAAUUUCUACACGUACUUUAUCACCUGCAACUCCACAGCGACCAUAAAUGACGUCAUAGCUCACAUCAACCACAUAAGAGACGUUGCAGGUGUAAACCACGUAGGGAUUGGGGCAGGAUAUGAUGGAAUUAACUUCACACCGCAGGGGCUUGAAGAUGUCUCCAAGUACCCACAGCUGCUGGCAGCUUUGUUGGAGGACCCAUCUUGGAGGGAAGAAGACCUGAAGAAACUCGCGGGUCUCAACCUUCUCCGGGUAUUCCGGGCGGUAGAAGAGGUACGCGAGAAAUGGCAGUUGGCAGCGGUAAUGCCUGUAGAAGAACUGAUACCUGCCUCGUAUCUGGAAGGGCACACUGACUGCAUGUAUCUCGGUUCUUGAUCGGUCAGUGUUGCAGCUAACAGAAGCCACUUCAUUAUGGAUUGCUGUAAGACAUGCAGUUCUAUUGUGCGUCUUUACCUGUGCCUCGACAAGUAGCGGCUCAUCCAACAGGUACGCAAAUAAAUGCAUACAAACGAAUUAUAUUUAAGUUACAAGAUUUGUAAUCUAAAUAGAAUGGAGCAUCGCUGAAGGAUUAACAACUUCAUACUCGUCCAACUACAGGGUGUCUUGUUUCUAUGCAGUGAGAGCGCCGUAGAACCGACAAGGAUGUAACCUAUAAUGGCUGAACCAUGGCCGAUGGGUCGAUGUGACACGGUUCAGCAAUAAAGUGCACACCCUGUAUUUUGUACAACGCAAAGUAUAAAUGACAAAAUCUUGACAUGAGAUUUGUACCAUGUACUAAAUCACGAUCCAUAGCCUGUCCUUAUAAGACUGCGAUCUUUAUUUGUGACAAGAAGAUAUAUAGGAUGUAGAUUUAUCUCAGAUCCAAGAACAAUUUGAACAUGAAGACAUAAAUAGAGUGCCAAAGAAAUGUAAAUAUAUAAUAUCGCUGUUUCUUUUCAUGCCAAAUAUUUUUGGCUUGACCAAGUCGAAUCAUAUUAACAAAGAUAUUCGGAGGUGAAACACGGGUUAGAAUGCCAAAAGGCGCAUAACCCAGUUUCAGUGACAUCGACAAAAGAAUGCAUCAUCCUUCAGCGCAAGUAAGAGGAAUGACGAUAAGUUUACUUGGAAGAAAGUAUUAACAUUAAUUAUACAGCACUCAUUAUGUUACUUGCAUCUAAACGAUCAUGCAAACAUCACAGAGCGGGAAGAACUUACAACAGUGUCAUCAAAAACACUUAUUUAAUGAAGGAGAUUAAUGAGACAAACAUGGUUGUAAAAUAAUUAAGGUAUCUGAUUUCAGCGACCUGUGAAAGGUUAACGUUUAUGUACUUAUGAAAUGAAAUGAAAUGAGUUAAGUACUCUUCCUUGAUGUGAUAGAAGGGCCGGAAAAAAAAACCGAAUUGGUAAAUUUUGUUCUAGUUUCUAAGUUUCAGUUUCCGAGUAUCAUAUUGAGAAAUGGAACAUUUUAAUUUUUAAAAAUUAAGUAUGGAAAAAUAACUUAAAAGAUAAACAAGUUAAUUAACGAUGAAACAAAUUAAUUUAUUAUUAUUUAGUAAGACACAGCAUAAAUAUUUUAAAAUGUCCUUCAUUCUGAACUCAAUAAGUUAUAUGUAUUAUGCUAAAUUCAAAAGAGGAAUUUUUGUGUUAUUAUAAUAUACAUUUCCAAAACUUAUUUUGUGAAUACAAAUUGAUAUUAUGUGAUAACUGUCGAAUAUGUUGCAUUUAGUUUAAUUCUGUUUAGCAUAAUACAUAACUUAUAAUAUUUCAUCAUAGCAGUAAUAUGAAGGUUUACAUUGAGAUAAGUAUUUUGAAGUGUUGAAGGUAUUAUAAGAUAAUGAAUAAGAUGAAUAUAUACAGCAUAUCAAUCUUAAGAUUAAUACAUAAUUUAUCUAAAUUGUGUGAGUGUGUUGGUUUAAACAUGUGGUGCUACCUCUCAUAUUUCACCUUGUGUGAUCUAGUAAAAUAUAUACAUUAUGGAUUCUAAUAUUGGCAUUUCAAAACAUGUAAAAUUGCAAGUAAAGAAAUGUUAUUUGAACAUUAUUAAUUAAAAAAAAGAAACGUGUGAAUACAACGACAUCCAAGAGUUUGUUUCAUGCAAAAGAAAAUGAGAAGCUAUGGAAAAUUCGUGUUCCAGUGUUGAAGUCAAGCAAUACGGGUAUAAAACAAAAAAGAGAAAAUUGAUGUUAUGUAACAUACAUAAGAAUGUGAAAUUUUCUCUACGUUAGGAAUGUUGUUAGUGAAUCAAAUAUAAAUAGAGAUUUAAUUUUAAAAAUAAAACAAUAACAAUUUUACUUAAUAUUAUAGGUUACCAUGGAGUGUACACACAAAGGAAAUAACUAUUCACAGUGAAGAAACAGACAAAAUAAUUAAAAUAUAACUUUACUCAUGUAUGAAUGCUCAUUUCAGACACUAGAGAUAUUAAGUUUUAACUCCUAUUUUUCAUAAAACGCUGAAGUUAAAGACAUCUAGAGAAGGAAACCCCCUUCCCCAAAAUUUAAUAUAUGUGGUAUUUGUCUUGAAACUGCUUGCAAUGAAAUGAUGGAACAUCGAAACUGAACGUACAAUUUUACGUUUAUGAGUAAUGCGAAUAUGGAAUGUAGUGCUAAUAUUGUGAAGAAUAUGAAUGGGACAUUUGGGAAAUAAGAAGAUUGGAAUGAAACGGGAGUGUAUAUAAAUAUAUCUAAAACAAACACAUUUCUUUAACCCAUCAGUGACUUCAGUAACAUACCAUUGUUGUGUUCACAAGAGAGUUUAAAAGGAACGCACAUUCCAUUCGAACAUUCACAAGAAAAAUUAUGAUGUGUGAUUUGUCUGAGUGAUUUUUCUCAACAUUUAUGCUUAAAGAAUGUCAUUAUAAUGAUAUUCACUACGCCUAAUAAAAUAAUUCUUAUUCAUUUAAUCAAAAUAAUGCUUUUAAAUAAAUAGAUUACGCGUAAGAUUUAUU